AAUGUUAGAGCUUAUGCAGAUGAUCUAGUUUUUAUUGUAGACUGUAAAGAUGCGGAUUAGUUUAUUUGUUUACUCGAGGAAAAUAGUAGAUUAUGGAACUUAAAUUUAAAUAAAGCAUAGUCAGGAAUAUUUCUUAUUGAAUAAUAUAAAGCCAGACCAGAAAUAAUAAAGGGUAUAUAAAUCUUAAAGAAUUACAAUUAUUUGUAUUUUUUGAAUUCAAAAUAAUGUUGUUUAAU